AUGGAAUGCAGCAGGAAACCCACGAUUUCCUGACACUCGGCAAGCUGGAGGAAGCGAGGGGGGGAAACUCCGUUUAAAAGCCCUCUCUCCUCCAUAUUAGCUGUGUGGUGGGAAACCGGGCAGGAGUUAUUCAAAUCCCACCGUGUCAUCAGCCAGGCUGGGGAGGGUAGAGUGAGACUCUCACGGGCUGUUGAGAUUUCUAGACUGCCAGGGAAGUCUAUGGACAUGAGAGUUUCUUAACUCCAGCUCUACUCCCAACUCCACUUCUCCGUUGGGAUUGGGAGAAAGGGCCAGACCCUUUUCAUCCCUCCUCCCAAGAGUGCCUUCCUUCUCCAGCAUGGUGAGCGGCGGGGCUCGCGUGUGUCUGGGCUGUGCCUGGGAGAGCCAGGCCAGCCAGAGUCAGGCCGCCUGAGCUCCAGCCUGGGGCCGGUGCCACCGCUCCAUGCACUGCAGAAGCCCCAGCAGCUGCUGCGGGAGCCGCCAACAUGAGCUGCAGAGAGGGGACCGACAGCAGCUGCGGCUGCAAUGGACGCGAUGAGAACAGGAUCCUGAAGUGCGUGGUGGUCGGAGACGGCGCGGUGGGGAAGACCUGCCUGCUGAUGAGCUAUGCCAACGACGCCUUCCCGGAGGAAUACGUGCCCACUGUGUUUGACCACUACGCAGUUACCGUGACAGUGGGAGGCAAGCAGCACUUGCUUGGACUGUACGACACCGCAGGACAGGAGGAUUACAACCAGCUGCGGCCACUCUCUUACCCCAACACCGAUGUGUUUCUCAUCUGCUUCUCUGUCGUAAACCCAGCCUCUUACCACAACGUUCAGGAGGAGUGGGUCCCGGAACUGAAGGACUGCAUGCCUCAUGUGCCUUAUGUGCUCAUCGGAACCCAGAUUGAUCUCCGAGAUGACCCCAAAACCUUGGCGCGUCUGCUGUACAUGAAGGAGAAGCCCCUCACCUAUGAGCACGGCGUGAAGCUGGCGAAAGCGAUUGGAGCGCAGUGCUACUUGGAAUGUUCUGCCCUGACCCAGAAGGGUCUCAAAGCGGUUUUUGAUGAAGCCAUCCUCACCAUUUUCCACCCCAAGAAAAAAAAGAAAGGCUGCUUAGGGUGUCACGGCUGCUGUGCAAUUAUCUGAAGUUGCCUGACACCCAUCUCCCCGCCAUGCAAGGGCAUGGAGGGCAGCCAGUCUCUGUGACCCAACUCCAGCCAAAAAGGAGGGCGUGACCAGAAAGGAAUUCCUGCAUCCCAACGCCUGUCCCCGUGCCCUGCCAGCUUUCCAGCUCAACAUCCUGUAAGCCACUGCCACAGCCCUAAGCCAGCCAGACCAUGAACACUGUGCAUGGAGAAUGCAGAGUCACAUUCAGACCAUAUAUAUGCUGGUGAGGUGUUGGAAGCCAAGUGACAAUCCAUCUGGUAUUUCAUAUCUUCUCUCCCACGGUUAUGGACCAACAGAGAGUCAUGAUGGGAAAACCAAGCACUCUGUCCUGCACUGGUGGCCUUAGUUCAUGUCUUCACCAAACUUGGGAAUACAACACCAACAUUUUUUUUUUCGGA